CACAUACCUACAUGUAGUACCUAUCAUUGAUUCCCCCCUUCAUCCAACUAAUUAACUAUCAAUGUAACUACAUCAAAUAGAUUUCAUGUUUCCCACAGUCCCAAAUCUAUCAUCUGUUUGACUCAUAUGAUCCUUUUAGACUUGAGAUCUCAUGUCCACGUAUGCCUCUUAACUUGGAUAUGAGCUCAAGUAGUCUCCAAGCCCCCUUUUCCUAACCAGAAGUGUAUUCGGUCUACCUCGUAUUAUCUUGGUUCCUCCAUCACGCCACCUAUGCAGUAGCAACAUACUGUAUUGAUUGAUGUUGUUAUUUCUUUGUUGUUUUGAAUAGGUUUCUUUUUUCUUUUUUUUUCGCUCGGUGCCUAGCAAUUCCAAUAUCAUCUUGUAGUCAUCGCUACAAUAGGUACAUAGCGAGUAGCGAAAAGCCACGGUCUUCUAUAUUUCAAUACCCUAUAUAUAUUUCGGGUUUUAUUCAUAGCACACAGGACGUUUCUAUUCACAAAACACCUUGGCAGUCAUCAGUUCAUGUCACCCACCACUAUAGCUAGAUGAUCCAGAUUACUUAAUGUAACCGACUAUUCAACCCCAUUUAUUGAGAGAGCUUUCCCUUAGCGGUAAGGGGAUACAGCCCAGGAAGCUUUCGGGGUUUUACAAUCCAGUAUAUCUCGUCCAGCCUCUUUGGUGUCUGGCGGGCGGGGUAUCAAUCCCCCCUCAUUCACACCAUGGACAUGACCCAUCGUCACACCCACGGCUUGAAAAUUGCCGCCGUCAACUCUCGUUCGGGUGAGCCAUCAUCUACGGGGCUUCGUUCCAAACAACACAUGGCCACCAGUUUCCAAGACCUCCCGCCCGAAAUACAUCUGCUUGUCAGUGAGCAGCUCACCUACCCAGAUGCCUUGUCCCUCAAGCAUACCAGCAGAUAUUUCUACUACCUCGUCGACACGGGCCUGAAACUCAAGGUAGAUUGGUUGAUCGAGCGCCGAAGCUUGCAUCUGGAAUGUCCCAACGACAGCCGCUGCGACUUGGGAAGCGACUUGAAGUUCUGCAGGGGCAGCGUCAGACUGCUAAUGCAACGGCGCCGCGAACACAUGGAAUGCGAGUCGCGGCCCGGCCUGGGAUGUCUCGUAUACGGCACAAGUAAAUGCACACACCAACGGCAGCUGAGCGUGCGAAUGAAGAGAUGGCUUCGUUCUCGUCUCACCAUCGAGUUAUGGUGGCUUCUGCUGGCGCUCGUUCCGGUCCUCUUUGGAUGUUUUUGGGUGGCGGAACUUGCAAGAUAGGAAAUGAAGCAUCGCUAAAUCGCAAAACAACUCCAUUUAUUCUCUUUGGAUAUUGACCUAUGUGCCUACUUAGGUAGAUACUUACCUAAGUAUAUAAGUAACUCUAGAGAGCGAAGGCCAUAACUAGCAUGCAAUGAUUAAAAACUAGGUGCUAUUGAUAACUGA